AAAUACGAGUAUGUGCAAAAAGUUAAACCCAAACAUGUUCAAGAUGAUGCCAAGGCUGUUGCAGUCUCUGUUCCUCCUUUCUUGGGGAUUAGCAGCGAUCACUGCUGCACAUGCUGGAUUAGUUUCUCCUGCAGGAUAUGAGCAGAACCGAUCUGCCUUGCUCAAUGCAGAGGAGGAGCUCAUGACCGGAGGCCACCUAUUUCUCAAUACACAGGAGGCCAAAGCGAACGAUAUCUUCAUGAAAUACAAACGCGAAGAGUUAUCACAGGGAUUUCAAAAUGCGGAGCAGAAUACAGCCUCUCUGCAUUUUUUCAAGGCCAAGGAGCUCAUUGAUCGCAGCAGCGUGUUUAAGUUUUUGCAGCAAAUGCCGAAAGGCGCCCAACUACAUCUGCACAAUUCUGCGGCAGUAAGCUCCAAGUGGGUGGUUCAACAUUUAUCAUAUAUGCCGGGGAUGCUGCGCUGCGCAAAUGCAGCAGGUGUCAGUAUACUUUCCUUUCGACGCAUGCCCAAGAAGCAUGGCUGCUUCACUCAAUAUGUGGCAGUCGCAAACGAGCGCCGCAGCUACUCUGAUCCGAUGCUGUAUGACCAGUAUUUCGAGCGUCUCAUCAAUCUGUACACACCAAUGCCCGAAUUAGAGUAUCUUCAGGUAUGGAACAAGUUUCAAGACAUGUUUGAUACAAUUGGUGACGUCCUAAACUACCGGCCAGCUUUUCGGGCCUUUCACUGGCAGCUGCUCGAGGAAAUGUACAACGAUAAUAUUAUGUACCUGGAACUACGCAUGGGCUUGAAGAAGGAACUUUACGAUGAAUAUGGUCACACUUAUCCAAUGGAUCAAGCCAUUCGAGAACUGAUCGCCAUUGAGGAGAGAUUUAAGCGCCUGCAUCCCGAUUUCCUGGGCAUGAAAAUCAUCAGCACCACCUAUCGCGGCGCCAGCUUGGAGAGCAUGCAAAGGAACAUUCAAUUUUAUCGUGAGCUGCACGAGGCUUUUCCGAAUUUUGUUGUUGGCUUUGAUUUGGUGGGCCAAGAAGACUUGGGAAAGUCCUUAUACAGUUUUCUGCCCGCCCUGCAGGAACUGCCCCAUACGGCGCGUCUCUUUCUGCAUGCUGGCGAGACAAAUCAGUUUGGCACGUCCACGGACUUGAACAUUCUGGACGCCCUACUAUUGAACACUACACGUAUUGGCCACGGCUAUGCGUUGGCCAAGCACCCGGUCCUGUUGAAUGCGGUCAAGGCCCGGGAUAUUGCCGUGGAACUGAGCCCCAUAUCGAAUCAAGUGCUCAGCUUAGUCUGGGACAUGCGCAAUCAUCCCGGUGCUCAGUACCUGGCAAUGAAUAUACCUCUGGUCGUUGGUAGCGACGAUCCGGGCUUUUGGAAUGCGAAGGGAAUCAGCUAUGACUUCUACUAUACGAUCAUGAGUCUAGCCCCAAAUAAUGCCGGCUUGCGUGUACUCAAGACCCUGGUGUGGAACUCAGUGCGUUACUCGUUGUUACAGGAGGCUGAAAAAAGCCGAGCAUAUGAUCUGUUGGAGAAGCAAUGGUCAAGUUUCAUUAACAGGGUAGUGGCGGGCGAUACUGAGAUCUAACCAGAGCCCCCCAUCUUCCCCAUUUUCAAAUAUUUCUUUGUUUCUAAAUGUUCUAUGUAAUUAAAAAACAUACUAUGUUCCCUCAAAUUGCUCGAUCUUAAAUAUGUAAUACAAUAAAUAUGCCAAGAA